CUCUGCAUAGCUUUGGGAGUGGUCUGAUGGACUAUAUAGUAGGUGGUAAGGCAAGGUUCUAGUGAAGCAUCUUUCUUCAGUUGGUAUCCAGACUGUGGUGUGAUUUCUCAGAGAUGCGGCUGUCUUCCAUUCAACCAUAUCUCUGGGCACCCCUGCUGCUCCUGCUCAUGUGUGAGAAUGCGGCUUCUGUGCCCAGGUGUAUCAUGAAAGAUGGAGGCUGCCAGAAGGUCCUCAGCUACAUGUUUAACAGGACAAGCACCACAGCCGAGAGCAUCAACCUCCUCUCUUCAGACACGCUAAAGGAAUUUGAUGCGCAAUAUGAUCCAGGCCAGAAGUUCCAGAACAAGCCCACCAUGACCUGCCACACUGCAUCCCUCUCCAUCCCAAACAGCAAAAAGCAAGCUCAAAGAAUGCAGCCUGUGGCCCUUCUGAGUGACAAUCAGAAUACUGGCUGCCUGGAAAAACCUUCUGUACCUGUAGCAAACAACAUGGCUGAUCUUGAUGGAACUCCUUAUGCUACCACAUCAAAAGUUGCAUUGAUUGAUGGUCAAAUCAAAAGACUCACAAAAAAUCUGCAAGACAUUAAGACUAUACUAAACCAGGUUUAUCCCAAGCAGAAGGAAAAAGAGAACUACCCUGCCUGGUCAGGAGAGCCAUAUGUACAGCAAUCCCAAAGAAGAAUUCAUCUUUUUGGUUUACAUAGCUUGUUCUUCUGCUUGCACAGUGAUGCCCAAAAGGUGUCUGAUUAUGUCAACAUCCUGAAACGCCAAAUUGUGCCUAAUGAAUGAAAAGCUUCCAUCCUUCCUAUCUUUUUCUGGGACAGUUUGCACUGAUGUAAUCCUUAAAAGAUUCUUUAAAUUUUGUAGAGUUUCAGUGUGUGAUUGAGUGUAAGCACCACUUCUUUUUUAAAUUUUAUUUUCAAUUAUAAUACAGUUACACCAUUUCCUUCUUCCAUCUGCUUUCUGCAAACCUUCCCUUAUCCCCUGCCUUACUCUAUUCUCUAUAAAAUGUAGUUUCUUUUUCUUUAAUUACUAUUUUUACAUACAUAUAUCAUUGCUACAUAUAUGCAUGUAUAAAUGAAUAAAUCUGCAAAUACAGUCUGUCAAAUGUAUUUGUU